UAGGGGAUGACAAGACCCAACGCUUCUUCGAUAAGACAGUCACCGAGCUCCCUCUCUUCCUCACUCUCGAACCGACUGAUCGUCCCCCGGCAUCUCGUCGCCACCUCUCCUCUGCACAUUUCGAUGUGAUGGAGACGGGGUACGACUUCAUUCUCGGCACUCCGUGGUCUCGUCGGUUCCGCAGCACCGAGGCCGAUUGGGCGACCAACACUCUCGUUCUCAAAAUGAAGUGUGGACAGACGUAUCGCGUACCUUUCAUAGGUACCACCGCGACACCACGCCCCGAUCUUCCUCCCCCGGAGCCUUCCGUGCCCACACCAUCUCCUUCUAUCACUGUCACCUCGCCUCGGCAGUUCGCCCACUUCAUCCGACAGGACGACGUCACCUUCUUUAUGGUGAACGUGACGGAUCUCUUACACUAUGAUCCACCCUGUCCCGACGCCGAGCUCAUCCCUUUGGAGCCAGAUCCUCCUUCUAUCUCCAUGGCUCCCAUCUCUACUUCCGUCUCUCCGUCGUCCGUCGAGUCCACUCCGUUGUCGCGCGCUGAUGCUGACGCUGAGGAACUCGCACGAUAUACGGCUGACCUGGAGCCUGCAUUUCGUGACCUCAUCCAAGAGUACCAUGACGUUUUCCCAUCGUCGUUCUCGUACGCCGGCAUCCCACCGAUGCGUGACGUCGAGCACUCCAUUCAGCUUGUGUCUGACUAUCGUGUUCACCACCAGGCACCCUACAGACUCUCGAUUCCCGAGGCCUUUGAACUCAAGCGUCCGCUUGAGGAGCUCCUGAGACUGGGUUUCAUUAAACCUUGCAACUCCCCGUGGGCUGCACCCGUCCUCUUUGCUCGCAAAGCGGAUGAAACUCUUCGUCUCUGCAUCGACUACCGUGGCAACCGCUUCUUUACGAAGAUUGAUCUUCAUACCGGUUACCAUCAGAUCCGCGUCGUUGCAGCCGACCAGCCGAAGACCGCGUUCCCAUUGCGCUUCGGUCACUACGAGUUUACGGUGAUGCCAUUCGGCCUCACCAACGCACCCACCACCUUCCAGAGGGCGAUGAACGACAUCUUCAGGGACAUCAUGGAGCAGUACGUUCUCGUUUACCUCGACGAUAUCCUGGUCUACAGUCGUACCCUUGAGGAGCACCUCAGACACCUCCGCGACGUCCUUGACCGCUUGCGCAGACAUGGCUUCUACGCCAAGCUCAGCAAGUGCCGCUUUGCCCAGCACAAAGUGGACUUCCUAGGACAUUACGUGUCUGACCAGGGUCUCCACAUGGAUGACGCGAAGAUCACUGCUAUUGCGGAGUGGCCCGCUCCCACAUCCGCCAAGGAGCUUCGCAGCUUCCUAGGCCUGACCAGCUACUAUAGUAACUUCAUCCGGGGAUACGCUAGGUAUUCCUACGUCCUUACCUCCACCCUCCUCCAGAAGAACCCACCCUGGGCUUGGACACCCCUCCACGAGGACGCCUUCCGCGCCUUCAAGAAGGCGGUGACAUGUGCACCGGUUCUUCAGCUACCCGAUUUUGAUCGCCCUUUUAUCCUUACCACCGAUGCGUCAGACUUUGCUGUAGGAGCAGUGCUUUCUCAGCUCUUCCCCUCCUCUCCUGAUUCCUCUCAUCCCCGUAUCCCUCGCUUCCCACCACCUACCCCUACCACUGCUUCUCGACUGACGCCUACUCGUACAGCUACUGACGAGCCUUCUAUUGACUAUUCUCCUACCAUCGCCGAGGACGGCACUGUCGAGUCUCGCUCAGGUGAUUGUCCGAUAGCCUUCAACUCCUGUCAGCUCCUGCCCGCCGAGAUAAACUACACUGCUGAUGAACGUGAGGGUAAUCAUGCCGUCGGCGAUGAGGAAUGUGGGGUCGAAGAGGACGAUGCCAAAGAGGAGAAAAGGGAGAGAGAGAGAGAGGGAGAGGAUCGUGAGGAAUCUAUGCACGGCUGCGAUGACGGGGAGUCUCGACAGCACGACGAGGGGGACUAUGGGGGCGAUGGAGAAAACGAUGAUGCCUAUCCUGGCGAUGAUGAGGAUGGAGGGCAAGAAGCGUCGGCUGAUGUGGAGGUCGAUGAGGGAACAGGAGAUCGGUCGGAGGACAGUGUGCACAAAAGGAAGCGGCGAUCUUCACUAAGUCCAACGGCGACGGCGGAUAAACGCACUGCGAAGAGACUCACUGUCGCUGCAUCUUGAGAGACACUCAAAGCUUCUCAAGAGGCGGUAGCAGAAAACG